AUGUCUGGUUUCGAAGCUCACUUCUCGGACCGCCCCCAGUUCUCGGGAUUCAUGAAACCAUGUCGCUUUGAGGGUGACGUCUCUCAUUUGGAGGUGUACGGCGAGAUCCCCAAGGAUAUCGAUGGGGUAUUCUACCGGGUAAUGCCUGAUCCUCAGUUGCCCCCCUUCAUUGAAGACGAUCCCCGGUAUGUGCAAACCGAGAAGUUUGUACGCGAGCGCGAGGCCCAGCGCGCCCUGUUGGCCGGGCUAGGCAAGUACCGCAACAGAUUCACCGACGCGGUCGAGCUUAAAGUUCGCAGCACAGCUAACACCAAUGUCGUCUUCUUCAACGGGCAGUUGUUGGCCCUGAAGGAAGACUCGCCCCCCUACGCCCUGGACCCUGUUACGCUGGACACUAAAGGGCUGUAUGACUUUGAAGGCCAGCUGCCAUCUCUCACAUUCACGGCGCAUCCGAAAUUCGAUCCAGCCACGGGCGAGAUGGUUUGUUUCGGAUACGAGGCGCGGGGUGACGGUACACCAGACGUGUGCUAUUACAGCGUCUCGCCGACUGGAAAGUUCACGGAGGUCGUUUGGCUGGUCGCGCCAGUCGUGGCUAUGAUUCAUGAUUUCGCGGUCACUGACAACUGGGUUAUCUUCCCCAUCAUACCCCAAGUAUGCGACCUUGAACGAAUGAAGCAGGGAGGCGAGCACUGGCAAUGGAGCCCAGAGACCCCGUUCUACUUGGGUGUCAUGCCGCGUCGAGGCGCCAAAGCCGAAGAAGUCAAGUGGUUUCGAUAUAUGAAUUCUUUUCCUGGCCAUACUGCCAAUGCCUAUGAGAACGAGCAAGGGCACCUAGUCAUCGACCUGGGUCUAAGCGAGAAGAACGUCUUCUUCUGGUGGCCCGACGCACAAGGGAACGCCCCCGAACCCAGCUCGAUUGUCUCUCAGCUCGUCCGAUUCACCAUCGACCCUCAGACCGAGGACCUCACUCUUCGUGAGCCUGAAGUCCUGCAGGAGGGCAACUCGGAGUUCUACAGGAUCGACGAUCGGUUCGCCACUCGCCCUUAUCGACACUGCUACUUUGACCUGAUGGACCCCCAGCUGGGUACUGAUUUUGAGCGCAUCGGUACCAAAAUUGGCGGGGGAUUUCCCUUAUACAACUCACUGGCCCACCUGGACCAUACCACAGGACAGGUGGAGGUGUACUUCCCAGGGAGAACCCACCUGGUUCAGGAGCCCGUCUUCAUACCGCGGAAGAACUCGAGUACUGAGGGAGACGGCCAUGUGCUGGCUCUGGUCAACAACUAUGACACGAUGGCAAGCGAGCUCCAUUUACUGGAUACGCGCGAUUUUGCUCGCGCGCAGGCCAAGAUUCUGCUUCCGGUCCGCUUGCGUCAGGGUCUGCAUGGAAGCUGGGUAGAUGCGAGCGAUGACGAUCAUCGUGUGUCGACAGUGGGAUCUUAA